UUGGAUUCACCGUUUGUACAGCAGCGGGAGAGAGAGGGGAGGGGAAAAGUUGGUCAAGGACAAUCUUUCAGGAACUUUUUUUCUUCUUUCCUUUCUCUGUGGAAGAAGCGUCAAGAAAAGAGAACCCCAGAGCACAGAACCCACGCUGGAUUAUAUUCGAUUGCAUUUCCAUCGCCCCGAAAGAUUUCCCAUCUGGUCCUUGGAUACAUACACGCAUUGGUUGACGGAUUAAUGUGGUCGCAAAUUUGUGGAUUUAUCAGUCGUUGAAGCUGGUGGCUGAGGUGAAGCAAGGGUGUUUACGGAGGAGUGAAACCAUGUGGCUUCUCUGCUCCUCUCUGACUCUGCUGGCCCUCAGCCUCGGAUCAUGUGACACGUCGAUGUCAGAGCAAGAUGUUGUAUGCCCGUCCUUACAAGUGGAUGAGUGGAAGUUUCCUCAGACAGCCAGGCACAAUAUCACUGGUUUUAAUCUGGUGAGGCGAUUUUCCCUGCUCAAGAGUCCUGAUGUCAAGAAGAUUCGCAACCCUCGAGGACCUGUCAUCCUCCGCCUGGGCAAGACAGCACUCCUACGCCCCACCGAUCAGAUGUUCCCAUAUGGCCUGCCUGAGGAGUUCACUUUGAUCUUCACGCUGGCUUUAAAAAAGUCUGCCCUGAGGGACACAAUCUACCUCUUCCAGAUAUCUGAUCAGCACGGAUACCCACAGCUCUCCGUAGACCUCAGUGGCCCUGAUAGCACCUUGUCCAUGCGAGCCAAAGCUGCAGACCCUGAUGCUGAUCUAGUGAGCUGUGUUUUCACCGGGGAAGGGGUUGAGGCCCUGAUGGACAUGCGCUGGCACAAGGUGGCCCUCAGUGUGCAACAAGGGGCUGCAUCCCUCCACGUGGACUGUAGCUCCAUUGAGACCAAGCCCCUGGAGCCCCGUGGAAUUCUGCCCACUGACGGACAUACUCUGCUGGGCAUUCGGGCCUCUGAUGCUAGGCCUGUGCAGAUGGACAUUCAGCAGGUGAUGCUGUAUUGUGACCCAUCCCUCGCCAUUCAAGAGGCCUGCUGUGAGAUACCUGGGGCUCGGUGCCCUCCUGAUGCUCCCAAGAGCCGUCGUGCUGCUGAGAAUGACCUGCUGGAAAACGCAUUUAACCAGGAAAUUUUUGCAUCCAAGGAUUUGGCAGAGAAAUGUGCUGGUUGUUUACUCCUGAGUAGGGAAGAAAAUGUAGUAAAUUUCGGUGGGCCUGCUGGGUUGAAAGGGGAAAAAGGCGACCGGGGCCAUGACUGUUCUGGCAGCCAUUCAGGUCCAUGCACAGAGGGAGCCAAGGGCAGGAAGGGAGAGAAAGGCGAGCCGGUGAUGCUCGCCAACUGGGCUGAAGCAGCUGGGUACAAGGGAGAGAAAGGUCAGAAGGGAGAAAUCGGUCCACAAGGUCUCACAGGCACUCCAGGGAAGGACGGUCGAGCAGGGUCCAUCUGUGUAGUUGGCCCCAAGGGACAGAAGGGUACCCCAGGUAUGGUGGGUCCUGAGGGGUUGGCUGGGGAGCCAGGGAAACCUGGACUUCCAGGCCCACCAGGAGCUGGAAAGCCAGGCCCACCAGGCCCUCCUGGUGAACCGAAUGGUGCAAAAGGAGACAAGGGGGAUGCAGGACCUCCAGGAGAAGAUGGAUUGCCAGGAGAUCCAGGACCAAGAGGACCAGGAGGGCCUAAAGGAGAGAAGGGUGACCCAUGUGAAGUGUGCCCUGUGCUGCCUGCAGACAUGGGCAACACACUGGCUCUGCAAGGGAUGCCAGGCCCUAAAGGAGAGCCUGGAUUGCCAGGGAUAGGGGAGAGAGGAGUGUCUGGGCCUCAAGGUGCAGAUGGCAAGGCAGGACCGAAGGGAGAAGCAGGAUCAGAUGGCGCCAAAGGAGAAAAGGGAGAGCCAUGUUCUGUGUGCCCCACUCUGGGCGAGUUACCCCCUAACCUCAUCCCCGGUGUCAUGACCCAAACCUUGCACCAGAAGGGAGAGAAGGGAGAGCCUGGAAUUGGACAGAAAGGAGAACAAGGGGAGCUAGGAAAGGAAGGAUCGCCGGGCCUUAGAGGAGAGAAGGGUAGUGCAGGCAGCAAAGGAGUUGAUGGUAAGCUGGGCAAACCUGGACCAAGGGGACCCAGUGGCAAGGAUGGACAGAAAGGCACAAAGGGAGAGCAAGGGCUGCCUGGUCUUGGUCUUCCUGGCGUAAAGGGUGAGAAGGGUGAGUGUGGUGUGUGCCAGCCAUCCGAGGUUGGCAGCGUACCCGCCAGUAUCAAAUUGCUUGAGGGAACAAGAGGCAAGCCAGGGGAACCGGGCCUUCCAGGGCCACCCGGAUCUCCAGGGCUCGGAGCUGAUGGCAAACAGGGCCCGCCAGGUCUUGCUGGUGCAAAAGGAGAAAAGGGUGAACAAGGAGACCGAGGAGAUAAUGGAUUGGACGGAGCUCCUGGAGCCCCAGGACUGACUGGAGAGCCUGGUCAGGACGGAUUAAUGGGCAUGAAGGGAGAAAAGGGUGAUGCUUGUACCAGCUGUCCUUCUCUGGGCACUACAGUGGGUGAUGGUGUAGCUAUGCCAGGCACCAAAGGAGAGAGAGGAGACCCUGGUCCCCCAGGAGAGGGGAAGCCUGGCAAAAAUGGAAAACCGGGCUUACCAGGUGUGCAGGGGCUUGCCGGUCCCAAAGGAAGCAGGGGAGAGGCUGGAGUUCCAGGAGUUGGCCUUCCAGGACCUCAAGGCGAAGAGGGACCGAGAGGACUGCCUGGACUUGCAGGACCUUCUGGAGCCAAAGGAUCACCUGGCCCUAUUGGCCCUGCAGGGGAAAAGGGCUCCAGAGGAGAUGUCGGACCUCCAGGACCACAGGGGCCUGUGGUGAUUGGAGUAGCAGGCCCCCCGGGGAAAGAUGGAGCCCCUGGCUCUCAAGGAUUGCCAGGAGAUGAUGGCAGACCUGGACUUGAUGGAGCUAAGGGGGACAAGGGUGAACCUGGAGAGUGCAAUUGCAUAAUGCCGGCGCACACGGGCAUAGGCGGGCCUGGAGCACCGGGAACUCCAGUAAACGUAUGGCAGCCUGGGCCUCAGGGUCCACCAGGACCUCCUGGCCCGCCCGGCCCACCUGGGCCUCAGGGUGUUAUUGGAAUCCAAGGACCUCAGGGUAUCCCUGGAAACGACGGGAUACCGGGGAAACCAGCAUACAUCAACCCCACUGGACCACACCAGCUGCCUCAGGACUCUACUACAGUAGAAGAAGAUGAAGACUGUGAUGGGGGCUGUUCCCAAGGGUUGCCGGGGGUGCCUGGUCUGGCUGGUGCCAAGGGUGAAAAGGGAGAUCAGGGCAAAAUGGGUGUAACCCCCUUGGACAGCUGUGACAAGUGUUUAGAGAGACUGCAGAUGGAGCAGGCAACACAAGCAGUGGGGGACCAAUCCUGCGCAGGACCACCUGGAGUUCCAGGAGUGCCUGGCUCACCAGGAACAAGAGGAGAGACAGGUACACCAGGAGCAAGAGGCCAAGCUGGCACACCAGGAAUCAUGGGACCUCCUGGUUUCCCAGGUCCUCAGGGCCCAUCUGGUUUACCUGGUCAGCAGGGUGAGCGAGGGUCACCUGGCCUCCCAGGAUUGAAGGGCGAGCAGGGCCCUCCGGGGACGUCAGGCUACCCAGGAACCAUGGGACCACCUGGACUGUCUGGCCUGAAGGGUGAGCGUGGGAGCCCAGGAAGCAUUGGUCAGAAAGGAGAAUCAGGUCCUCCUGGUAACCCUGGGUAUCAAGGACAGGCUGGCUCACCGGGCAUUAAAGGAGACACGGGACCAGCAGGGCCUUCCGGUGCCAAAGGAGAUCAGGGUUUCCAAGGACAAUCAGGCUUCCCAGGACCACCCGGUGUACCAGGUCCCUCUGGCAAACCUGGAAGGGAAGGGCUCAACGGGCUCAAGGGUGAAAAAGGCAACAAUGGUGCUCAAGGGCCUCAGGGACCAACUGGACCCCCGGGUUCCUCAGGCUCCCCAGGAUUGAUGGGCCCCCCUGGCAUUGAAGGAAUGGAUGGGAAAGAUGGUAAACCAGGGCUGCGUGGAGAGAUGGGCCCUCCAGGCCCUGCAGGACCAAGAGGAAUCCCAGGAUUCAAAGGGAAAACUGGCCAUGUUGGCUUCCCUGGACAGAAGGGUGAUGCUGGACCAACAGGUCCACCUGGACCUCCGGGCAGACCGGGACAUGAGGGAGAUCCCGGUACCCCAGGAGCUCAGGGACGACCUGGACCACCUGGCCAAAUUGGUUCUACAGGUCAAGCAGGACCUCCAGGUCCUCCUGGUAUAUCAGGAGUGGGUAUAAAGGGAGAUAAGGGCCAGGCUGGUGAGAUGGGUCUCCCAGGGAUUUUAGGACCCCCAGGACCACCCGGGCAUCCAGGGCCUAUGGGAGAACCAGGAAGUGAUGGCGCUGCUGGUAAAGAUGGAGCGACAGGCCUACCAGGGGACAAUGGACAGCCAGGUCAAAAGGGUGAGCCAGGAGCACCAGGCCAGAGGGGUAACCCAGGGGAGAGAGGCAGACCGGGACCUCCUGGUGGUGGAGCUUACCCCUCCAAGGCUGCACAGCCCAUAAUUGGCCCAGUUGGACCCAGAGGGGAGAGGGGAAGCCCAGGCUCAGCGGGGGCCCCCGGACUCCCUGGACCUCCAGGGUCACCAGGAAAUGAUGCUGUAGUCAAUUAUGAUGAACUCAGAAACUUCAUCCGCCAGCAGGUCAACAAGAUCUUUGAUGAGAGGAUGGGCUACUACAUGUCACGCAUGCAGAUGCCAGUAGAGAUGGUGGCAUCCCCAGGUCGGCCUGGGCCCCCAGGGAAAGACGGUACUCCAGGUAAUCCGGGGUCCCCGGGUGCACCAGGCAUCCCAGGACAGAUUGGCAGACAAGGCCGACCAGGAGCCCAAGGACCCCAAGGACCACGAGGACCACAUGGAGAGAAAGGAGACAAGGGUGUUGGAGAGAUGGGAGAUGUAGGACCUCCAGGAGCACCAGGUGUCCCAGGGCCUCCUGGCUAUGGUAAGAUGGGACCUCCAGGUCCUGUUGGCCAGCAGGGCGUUCCUGGGAUCCCAGGACCUCCCGGACAGCCUGGUGGAAAGGGAAAGGAUGGCCGGUGUAAUCCUGGAGACUGUAUGAGCCAUCAAGUAGACUACAGCCCCAAGGGCCCACCUGUCAAGGGCCCCUGGUAGAGGGCUAGAGGCGAUGGAGGAGAGGGGCAGGGUGGACUGAAGCAAGGAGACUAUGGAAAAGAUAGAAAGCGAAAGACCAUGACCCACAGUUAUUGAAUUUGAUGAAAUAAAGGAGUAGCCAUUGUUGUUCAGUGUAUAGAUUUACCCACACAGAUUUCUACUGUAGGUCUGAGCAAAAAUCCAGUUUCUUUCUAAGGGCCCCACUGGAACUGAGGUCUGCAAAGACACACCAGCAGCACAUUUUUAUUGCAUCACUCUUUUUCCCUAUGACUGCCAAUUCAUUGCUAUAUUACUGCCUCUUAUUUUCUUACUGUUUUUCACCCCAUUUUUACAUUCUUCAACAACCCAGGAGAUUUGACAAGAAUCACUAUCUGUAUUUUCUUCUCCUUGAUUAAUUCUGUCCUCCUCUGUUUUGUUUUUUGUUUUUUUCAUUUUCUAAAUCUGUAGGAAGAGAAUACACACAACUGUUUUAGCACUUUGCUUCCACCUCUCAUAUCUUUGUUCCUUUGUCAACGAAUCCCAUCCGGAGUGCAUCCCAUGCAUUUCUAAUAUUCUGUCUUAGUGCCUGAGGUGUGAUACAUAUUUGAAUUUGACUUAUAAGAGAAUAUCCCUAGAAAUGUAUUUGAGUUAUGUAGAAACAGAAGUCAAAAACUUGCAUUCAUACCCUCUUUGAUGGAUUGACUGUUUUGUACAUAUUUAUAUUUAUAUAUAUAGUGGCUUUUGAUACUUUUUCAAAGUAUUUGAUAAAAGGUAUACGCAUGACUAGCCACUUAUUUUUCAUUGUUACAGCAACAAAAAAUGCCAAAGGGAUAUUUUUCUAAGGUUUAUAAGCUUUCAAAAUGGAAUAAUGUGAUCAGUAAAAGACAAAUUAUUUAUAGAAGAAAAUUGCGUUUACAUAAGAAAGCAUAUUGGCUUUUGUAAUUAUUUUGCUAAAGUUCAUUUUGUGUCAUUUUAACUGCAAUCUUUUUCCAAGUGCAGCCAUUUUAAAGCAUAUCAUCUCAUUUUAUAUUCCAAAGUAGCUGUAAUAGCCAUCUGUCUGCUUCACUAGGCACUUGUUUAAGAAAAUAUGAGCAAUAAUUGAGCCCAUUCACCACAGGUACUGUAAUGCAGCACACUGAAUAUGACCACCAAGCCCCAAAAUGUUCAGAAAAGUAUCACAAACUGCUUUUGUAGUGUUACAUGGUGCUGUGUUUUUGUCACUUUUAUAUCUGGUAGUCCCUGGAGAUUUAAAUCAUUAUAACCUCAUAUCAUCUCCAUAGUUUAAUUGGCAGUUUAAACUAUGAGCCGUGGUCAGACUUUUGUAUCUCACAAGCUAACCCAUGGGAGAUAUUAAGCUUAAAACUGAAUUAAAUUGCUUCAAAGAGGCUAUAUUAUGUGGUUAUCAUUGUCAGUCUGUGUUGAAACAAACACCGCUCAAAUACCGUUGUUCAUCCAUGGACGGAUUAUGAGACAAUGGGCCCCUGGGCACAGACAUGUGAAAGACCCCCCACCUCUCCUACAGAGGAGCACAUCCAAGUUGAAGUUGUGUGCCUCUUUGUAGAUGUUUCACGUUUCUUUGUACUUGUUUAUAUAUUUUUUGGUUGUUUUUUGUCUCUUUGUUGUCAGUUUGCAUCACUUUGUGAUCUUUUGUGUCUCUUUGUGGUCAUUUUGUGCCUCUUUACGAUUGUUUGGUUGACUUUCCAACAAGAAAUGUUAACUGUCACUUCAAACAGAGGCUCUGGCCCAAGGGCCCACUGACCUGCUGUGCCUGGUAGAGCCGUUCAGCAAUUCAUGUGUGUAUCCAUCAACUCUAUCUGUGCAUACAGUAUGUUGCAAAACCCAUGUGCCUUACAUUUGUUGUUCUAUGAAACAUUUGAGGAAAAAAAAACAUACAUUUUGAAAGCAGAAUUGUAUAAGUGUGGUUGUUUUUCUUUGCAAGAAAUUUCCACGUGAACAAUUGUACCGUAUAGUUCAAUUAGUUCCGUAGAACUUUUGGCUUUGGUGCUGCAAGAAUUUUGACAAAAGCUGAGCAUCUGCAGCUUUGGAAGCAUGGGAGUUUAUUUACAUGCAUGAUUUGAUACGAUUUAAUAUUUGGAAUGAGAAAUGAAAAGUAAAAGGAGCUGAAAGACGUGAGUCAGACUAAAGAGACUCAUUUCCAUUCCCCACACGAUACAGAAGAACAUUGGAUUUUACAAAAGGUUCCUUUUUAUUGGUUUGGGUUUACCUGAAAAGCCAG